UCAACUAGUUAGCUAAGGCUAGCUACCUAGUUGGCUAGCUUGUUGAAACAUAUUUCAUGAACCACAGGCAACAUUUAUGCCAAGAAACAGCCGUCGCUCACCAUGAGAGAAGAUUUCUGCUGCCACCGGAUGUUUUUCAAGCCUUCACGCCAAAGAGGAUGAGAGACUUUGACCAGCCGCACAGAAAACAAUGAUAAGUUAGCUAAAGUAAACGAUUGUCAGGCUACAGCUUUUUUCACCAGGCGACUAUCUCAACAUUAGCUCGCUAGCAUCCUGGGAAGGAAAUAUCUGAGAUUUUGCAAGGACUGAACGCGGAAGGAGGAUAUGAGACAAGCUCGACAACUACUGUAAACGUUAGUAAGCUAGCUAGCUACAUUGGAGAAACAGUAUGGGGAAACAUAUUUCACAGUGAGCACAAUUACCAAACGUAUCACGUAAAACAACGCUAGUGUUAGCUUUUGAGGGAACCUUAAAUGUCCAACUAGAAAAAAAGCGAACGAUUAGGCUAACUUAAUGUCGUAAGCUAACGUUACAUUUAACUAGAUAAUGGUCGCGAUAUUAAUCAGCUAGCGUUAAAUGCUGACAAGUAAGGCCUAGCUAACAUUAGCCGGCAACAAUCUAACGUUAGCUAGUUGAGGAUGGCUAACCGUGCUAGGCAGUCAGCAUGCUAACUAAUCGCUUAUGUUUUCACAGUCACUGGGGUGAUUUAGGGUGUUGAUGAUUAAACCGAGCGUCUUGGAUAUAUAGUGAUCUAAGUUAGCCAGGGUCGAUGUUUUUGCUAGUUUGCUAAUGUCAGUCAGUAAACUUGAUGUAGCUGGGAGAGCAUUGGCCUGUGUAUGAAAACAGUGAUUCUUAGCUGCUAACCGUCAUCCUGUCUGAAAUUACACAAGUGUAUCGACACUGAAUAUUAUGACUAGCUCCCUGUCAUUUUUGUUUGACUUAACAGCUAACACCUAUAGACUACACUCAGUGCAAUCAAUGUAUUCAGUGGCAGUGUUGGCUAAUAUUACCCACAGUCUGACCUUUGCUUUAAGUGAUCAGUCAACGUUAUCUUUCAGGACUCUAGCGUUAUAGCUAGUGAGAUGAGCAUUACUGUGAAUUAACACAUUUAACAUUACUUGUCAAAUGAACAAAUAUGAUUUGGGGUUCACAACUCUGAUGCAGUUCCAUUUAACAGUGAGCUUGUGAUCUUUUGCUAAGUUAAUUUAAGGCGAGCUGAAAUUGAAGAGGAACCUCUUUAGAUACACAAUCACCCUGCGGUUUUGCUAAGUCUUUAGAUAAGCAAAAAACAAAAAACAAAAAAAAAAAAAAAAAAAGCCACUUUAAAGUGUCAUCUCUGUAACUGAUAUGUUUGUGUGUACAGUGGCAAAUCUCAACCACAGCAGAUGAAAUCACAUUGGGAUUUUCAGUGUAAUUUCACUAAGGUCAGUCUUUGCCCUCAAUAAUGUUUUUUUCCCCUGCUGAAUGGAAUGCUAAAAAGUGGUGUUGUAUUAGGAGACAAAUCGGUUGUGGUCUUUCUUACAGAUGAAUGUUUUUUCAUACAUUCAGUGGGUUACCAAUGUGCCAAAAAGCCACUCUCCUGAUUACUGGACAAGGAUUAGGCUAGAUUUUGGCAACAGUGGUGCAAGGAGGGAGUACAUUGUGGCACAGGAAUAUGCAAGGACUUCUGAGCUCAACUGAAGACUACAAAUCCAAGACACCGAACUAUCGUGCUUGAUGAAACGGUCUCGGUUAGCCUGCCAUCCCCAAUGGAAGUGCCAUUGUAGACACAAGACACUGUGGCUCCAACUGCUGCACAUUGUUUUGAGCUACAGCCUUAGUGGAAGCAUUGCAGCUUUGGGUUGACUUGACCUGAAGGUGGAGAUGGGUUCCCAAGCUCUUCAGAUAUUACGACAGGGUGUUUGGGCUUCACUCACGGGGGGCUGGUAUGUGGACCCACAUCAGAGCACGUUCUCCAACUGCUUCCACCUCUACCUUUGGAUAUUUCUCCUGGCCUUCCCGUUCCUCCUGUACAUGGCUCUUCCUCCUAGCUUGGUGGUAGCAGGGGUGUACUGUGCUGUGGUGGCGGUCUUCUUCACAGCCAUAAAGGUAGUGAAUUACCGGCUUCAUGCUAUGUUCGACCUUGGGGAGAUUGUAGAGAAGAAGCAGGCCUCACUCACAGCCGAAGCACCAAGGAUGGAAGAAGGAGAUGAAGCAUCAGGUGCCCAUGAUGGGAAUCAGCACAGGGACAGUCACGUUGGUGUGGAGAUGACUGUGUUUCGGAAAGUCAACUCAACACCCCCAGUGCGUUGCAGCUCCCAGCACUCACUGUUUGGACUGAACCAGGUGUCGGAGUUUUUACCCCAGUUGGAGGAUACAGGGGGGACUAAAGAUAUCAAAGAGCUAAUGCGGGAACAAGGCAGCAAUAAUGUAAUUGUGACUUCAGCUCAUCGCGAGAUCUUACGUCAGAGCUCCCAGGACACCAUUAGGCCCGCAAAUGUGGUCCAGUCCUGCAUUGCUGCUGCUCUGGGAAGCGAAUUUCCAGGUUUAAUGGGAGUGCCUGGAGUGUCAGCUGGAUUUGGAGAGCCUGGAGAUUGCUUGUCUAUCCCCCCUUCACCUUCCAGCCAGGAAGAUGGAGGAGAGAAAGAACAAUUACAGGAGGUGGAGGGGUUGCCAGAACAACUGUCUCAGCAGAGUCCUGAGGAAAAUGGGAUGGGGGCCUAUUCUCCCCUGGGUCCCUCUGCUGAAUCUGAGAGUCUGGGGGAGACUCCACUUAGCCCCCUCAUAAAGAGUAGCUUAAGUGAGGAACUGAGUGAGAAUCUCCUGGGUUUGGGUCUUGAUCCUGUUGCAUUUGCGCCGGGGACUGAGCACCCAGGCAGCCGCAGCGGGGUGGCUUUAGCGGCUGGAUCCACAGACAGCUGUUUCAGCGCGGGUGGAGCCACCACAGACCGUGAGACCCUUAGCACUGUUAGCAGCUACCGCAGUGAGAAGACAGAUUCCACCCAGCUGGAGAGCCCUUCAUUCAGUCAGCCACGGCCUGCAGAUGCACGGGUGUCUGCCUCUACACCAGCGGUGGGCUCUUUUAUCCCACAGCCCACAGAGGAUCCAGCAGGACAGGGUGGCAGUGAUACUGACAACCUGUCGGACAGUGUGCUAUUGCGCUCCCCUUCCAAAGAUUUCUCCCUGGGCCAGGGGCUAGAUAGGACACUUGUUGAAGGAGAGGACCUACCCUCUGUACCCUCUGAUAUUGCACAGCCUCCUACCCUUCAGAAUUCUUCCCCUUCAAGUAGUGGGCAGUCAGAGGUUUGUGAUUUAGACAGAAUUGCCCCAGUUCCCCCGCUGCCGCCACCUCGGCAGGCCAACUCAGUGCCCUCAGGGCUGGCCCUGGGUCUCGUGUGUUCUGAGCCUGCUCUGCCCAUUUCUUCUACCCCCUUCCUGCUGUCUGACCAGCCCACUCUGCAGGCCCAGCAGGUGGUGCGCCCUAAAGACUUGAAGCUGCUGCGGGCCAGUGGCAGUAGUGUGGGGCACAGGCCAGGCCGACGGAAAGCUCCACGGAAGCGAGCCGGAGCAGGAAGCAGCAGUUUUGACUGUGGGUCUUACAGGCGUCACCACAAUCACAGGCAGCACAGAGACUACAUCCCAGUUCGCAACCGGCUGAGCACCAAGGCUUACAGUGAAAGUCUGUUUGAAGACUCCAGCGAUGAGGAUGAUGGCAGUGACAUGAGCGCUGGUUCCAGUCUGGGCUCUCAGCGGCGAUAUAGCUCGGAUGAUGAUGACGAUGAUGAUGAUGACUCAAGUUCCUCUACCUCCUGCUACUCCCCAGACCUUGCUAACACUGGCAUUACGUCCCCACUACCCUCUGCCGCUCAACUGCCCACUCCGAGAGAAGGAGAUUUACCUGAGACCGCUGGCCCAUCAAAUUCUCGUGCUGCCCAGCGCUCUGCUAGCACAGCUAGCGCUAAGACUCAUGCUAGGGUGCUAAGUAUGGAUGGGGCAGGUGGAGGCCAGAGCAGCACAGCGGCGCUGCCCUCCACUCUGCUUACUAUGCCCUCAUCCUCCACUCCUGCCCCUCGCACGCUGACCAUCUCCAAGUCUGAUCUGGAGGCACGCACCAUCCAUACUGACAGCUUCCCUGGGACUCAUCACCACCGGCUGGACUCUCUGGGCGGUUCCUGGACUGGCAACCAGAUGGGCUGGAGGGCAGGAGAGCUGGUUGAAGAAGGAGCUGUGGGGGGAGCUAUGGCUCCAGAGGACGGGGGCAAACGUGACUCUGUAAGCAGUGUUAAGAGGACCCAGGCCAUCCGCAGGAGACACAAUGCAGGGAGCAACCCUACACCGCCCCCAUCCACCAUGGGAUCCCCUCCCAGCCUGCAGGACCUCCAGAGGGCUCGAACCUCCUCCCAUUCGCGGACCCGUACCCUUCCCUCAGCCUUACAGUUUGCCUCCUCAUUGCUGCUGCCCCGCGGUGGCAUCCAUGAGGCGUCCACAUUUGACGACACAUCAGAGGGGGCAGUGCACUACUUCUAUGAUGAGAGUGGAGUGAAGAGGUCAUAUACAUUUGGACCUGCUGGAGGCGGCUAUGAGGACCCAGUGCAAGAAAGGGAGAGACAGUCUCAAUCCUCAAGCUUCACCUCCACUGAGGUCCAGGAAGGAGCACCUGUCCUAUCCAUGCUUCAGCCCAGACCCGUGGUUUUACAGGGCAUGCAGGUUCGCAGGGUGCCUUUGGAAAUGCCUGAGUUUGAUCUAGAUCAUGAGUCUCUGCAAGAGUCCCAGGAAAACACGCUGAUGAUUGAGGAGAAAGCCAAACCCAAACAGUACUAUCGCUUUUGGGUGUUGCCGGGGAAGUGGCUGAGAGUUCGAUAUGAUCGACUGGCCCUUCUGGCCUUGCUGGACAGGAACCGUCGUGUGGGGGAGAAUGUGUUUGCUGUGGUGCUGGCCAGCCUUGUGGCCUUCCUGGGGUUCCUGCUGCUGCUCCAGGGCUUUUUCAGGGACAUCUGGGUCUUCCAGUUCUGCCUGGUCAUUGCUAGCUGUCAGUACUCCUUACUGAAGAGUGUACAACCAGAUGCAGCUUCCCCAAUGCACGGCCAUAACUGGAUUAUUGUAUACAGUCGGCCGGUCUACUUCUGCCUGUGCUGUGUGAUGAUCUGGAUCUUUGACCUGUCUGGGCGCUCUGGUAGUCUGCAGCCCUUCUCCCUCUAUGGUGUCACCUUCUUCUCUGCACAGUUCCUGCUCUGUGCCAGGAAUGUGCUCAUUGUGUUUGCCUUGUGUUUUCCGGUCAUUUUCCUGUUUGGGCUCCUACCUCAGGUCAAUACCUUUGUGAUGUGUCUGCUGGAGCAGAUUGACAUGCACAUUUUUGGGGGAACUGCCACUACCAGCCCCCUGUCAUCUCUGUUCAGCCUGGUGCGCAGUGUGUUGGUGGCUGCCCUGCUGUAUGGAUUUUGCCUCGGUGCGAUCAAUGCGCCGUGGGGGGAUGCCCAUGUGCCAGUACUGUUCUCUGUGUUUUGUGGCCUACUCCUGGCCUUGUCCUACCACCUCAGCCGCCAAAGCAGUGAUCCCACCAUCCUGUGGUCUCUGGUCCGGUCUAAAUUAUUCCCAGAGCUGGAGAACCGAACACCAGAGGAGCCCCCCGUGGAGAUCAAGGACCCUCUUCCUGAGAAACUGCGUAACUCUGUGAAAGAGAUUCUUCACUCAGAUCUCGUCAUGUGCCCCCUCAUGGCUGUGAUUACCUUUGCCAUUAGUGCCAGCACAGUCUUCAUCGCUCUUCAACCUGCUCUCAGUUUUGUCCUGUACAUCCUGGCAGGGGUGGUGGGCUUCCUUACACACUAUCUCCUGCCACAGCUUCGCAAGCAGCUGCCUUGGUUCUGCUUGGCCCACCCUGUGCUCCGCUCCAGAGAGUACAGCCAGUUUGAGGUUCGAGAUGCUGCUCAGUUGAUGUGGUUUGAGAAACUGUACGCGUGGCUCCAGUGUGUGGAGAAAUAUUUCAUCUACCCAGCAGUGGUGCUCAACUCCCUUACAACAGAGGCCCGAACCGUGGGUCAGAACCACAAAGAGCUUGACAUCUACCGAGCUCUCUUCAUCUCGGUGGCGGGUAUGAAGCUGCUGCGUUCAUCCUUCUGCACCCCGUCCCAGCAAUAUGUGACAUUGUGCUUCACCACUCUCUUCUUCCAAUUUGACUAUCCCCAUUUCUCUGAGACCUUCCUAGUUGACUACUACUUCAUGUCCAUUCUCUUCAGCAAGAUGUGGGAUCUGCUGUACAAGCUUCGAUUUGUGCUGACAUACAUCGCUCCCUGGCAGAUCACUUGGGGCUCAGCCUUCCAUGCCUUCGCUCAACCCUUUGCUGUGCCUCACUCUGCAGUGCUUUUUGUCCAGGCUGUGUUUUCUGCCAUUUUCUCCACCCCUCUGAAUCCUGUCCUGGGCAGUGCUGUAUUUGUCACCUCAUACACCAGGCCUGUCAAGUUCUGGGAGCGAGAUUACAACACCAAGCGGGUCGAUCACUCCAACACAAGACUUGCCACCCAGUUAGACCGCAACCCAGGUGCCGAUGACAACAAUUUGAACUCCAUUUUCUAUGAGCACCUGACACGGUCUCUGCAGCACAGCCUGUGUGGAGACCUGCUGCUGGGCCGCUGGGGCAACUACGCCACAGGCGACUGUUUCAUCCUUGCCUCAGACUACCUCAACGCUCUGGUGCACAUCAUCGAGAUUGGCAAUGGCCUGGUCACCUUCCAGCUCAGGGGGCUCGAGUUCAGAGGCACCUACUGUCAGCAGAGGGAGGUAGAAGCCAUCACAGAGGGAGUGGAGGAGGACGAGGGCUGCUGCUGCUGUGAACCCGGCCACCUGCCUCACAUGUUGUCUUUCAAUGCCGCCUUUGGGCAGCGCUGGCUUGCAUGGGAGGUGGCUGCCACCAAGUAUGUGCUUGAGGGUUACAGCAUCAGUGACAACAAUGCAGCAUCCAUGUUGCAAGUGUUUGACCUUCGCAAGAUCCUCAUCACUUAUUAUGUCAAGAGUAUCAUCUACUAUGUGAGUCGGUCUUUAAAGUUGGAAGAAUGGCUGACUAAUGAGACAGUUCAGGAGGCUCUGCGUCCUUGCCUCGCGCCUACCUACGUAGACAGUGACCCCACCUUCAACCUGAACAUUGAUGAGGACUACGACCACAGAGCAUCUGGCAUUACUCCCUCUGCCUUCUGCAUGGUUUACCUGGACUGGAUCCAAUAUUGCAACAGCAGGCGUCAGACGCCGGUGAACAGUGAGCGGGAUUCUCCCCUGGUCAACCUCUGCUUUGGGCUGUGUAUUCUGGGAAGACGAGCCCUUGGCACGGCCUCCCACAGCAUGUCUGCAAGCUUGGAGCCGUUCCUCUACGGACUCCAUGCCCUCUUCAAGGGAGACUUCCGCAUCACCUCCCCCAGGGACGAAUGGGUGUUUGCAGAUAUGGACCUGUUAAAUCGAGUGGUAGCUCCAGGAGUGCGGAUGUCCCUCAAAUUGCAUCAGGACCAUUUCACAUCUCCAGACGAGUACGAAGAUCCUAUGGUCCUCUAUGAUGCCAUCACAGCCAACGAGGAGAAGAUGUUGAUAUCACAUGAGGGCGACCCCGUGUGGCGCAGCGCCAUCCUGGCAAAUAUGCCCUCACUGCUGGCCCUACGGCACAUAAUGGAUGAUGGCAGCGACGAGUACAAGAUCAUCAUGCUCAACAAGCGGUUCCUCAGCUUUCGGGUUAUCAAGGUGAACAGGGAGUGCGUGCGUGGGCUGUGGGCGGGGCAGCAGCAGGAGCUGGUCUUCUUGCGCAAUCGUAACCCAGAGCGCGGCAGCAUUCAAAAUGCCAAGCAGGCCCUGAGGAAUAUGAUAAACUCAUCAUGCGACCAGCCCAUCGGCUACCCCAUCUACGUGUCGCCCCUCACCACCUCCUAUGCCGGGGGCCACAGCCAGCUUCGGUCUGUUUGGGGAGGACCCGUCAGUCCUCACAACAUUUACACUUGGCUCAUCAGUAGCUGGGACAGGUUACAGAAGGGUUGUGGUGCUGGCUGUAACAGCGGAGGGAACAUUGAGGACUCAGACUGCGGGGGCGGCUCCACCUCCAUCUCCACCAACCCGGCUGUCCACACCACCCAGAGCACACCAGCCUCCAGCCUCCCCCAGCCCCACAUCACCACUGUCCAGCCCUCCAUGGGUACAGACAACCCCGUCGGUCCGACCCCAAACUGGCCCCAUCACCCUCAACCUCUUCCCUUAGCCCUGCUCAGCCAGUCAGAGGGCAGGAUGGAGACAGGGCUGCUUUCCUCCCUGCAACGCACUUCCUCCAUCCAGGGGCUCCUGGGCCAACAGCUGUCCAGCUCCCAGCUCUCUUUCAGCAGCUCCGUGGCUCCUCCUCCCCUGCCAGGCCCCGAACGCUUCUGUCCCGGGAGUCUCCUGGAGAGCUCAGGGCACAGAGCAGGCCAGCGGGCUGGCCUGGGCCAGGGCAGCGGACUACACUAUGAGAGCCACUUUGGGAAGUGGAGUCUUUCGGGAAGGAAGGGCUUUAACGGACCGGCUGCAGUGGAGGGGGACGGAGGAACAAUACAGACCAUACGCACACAGCCUACUCCUCCUGCACCCCCGCCUGAGGCCUGUCCGACACAAGAUCCUCUGGGAGCCACCCAAACAAUGGAUACAACCCUGCUCACCGCAGGCGACCCCCCCACCCCCCGAGAGGAAUCCACAGAGCUGCCUUUACUUGAGCACCUGCGCUGAGUCUGCACUGGGACGCCCCCUGGUGAUAUUCUCUGCAGCAAAAGCACACCCGCGGUCAACUCUGGGUUGGGCCUGGCCCACUGAGACCGGACUCAUUCCACUCCUCUGGACUCAUUCCAUUUAUCCUCGUUCAAAGACAGCUAACUUUAUACAUCCAAGAUUUGUAAAUCCUAUGAUGGAAAAUCAACUUUUUUUUCUCUCCAUUGCACAUUUUUCGACCCACUGCAAUACUGGAUAGAUUUGGCUGAGUACACAUGACCCCUCUCCUUCAGCCAAAGGAGUUAAACAUCUGAUGGCAUGCUGAGCUGAUGCACGUCAGAAUUAGUUCAGCCAACCAGUUUAUUCCAAAGUCCGCUUUCACCGUGUCUCAUAAGACUUGAUGUACUCGUUCCAGAGGCUUUUCUGAGGAAAAAAAGGCACUCGGUGUCUCAAUGGACAACUGAAUGGUUGUAACAGUAGUGACAGGCCAAAAAGGCCAGUGCAAUUGUAAGGGAUAUUUUGCUUGAGUAUUGUUUAUUUUUCUAUACUGGAGAAGGGAGGACCGCCUCUGACUUUCUCUCACUUGACAUCUGCAGCAGCAGUGUUUGCAUAACCAAUCAAAAACAAAAAGGAAGUUGAAGAAAAUGUUGCUGUACUUGCAGGUGAAGGAUAUAUGAAUACCAUGAUAAGCCUUGUUUUGUUUCCCCCCCUUUACCAUCCCUGCUGGACCUACAGUUGUGUGACGAAUGAUAUUUAUUAAAUACAUACUAUAUGACCAAUUCUCAGCAACCUUCCCCCACUUCUCCCUCGCACAUCACACAUAUUCAGCAACAAUCAGCAGACAUGUUUGUGUCCUCUGGUCCGUUUCUUAGAGGUGCCUGACAACGUUGACGUUAAGCAGUUCUGUCUUGAAGCAAGUUUCAGGGAAAAGACUCCCUUCUGUCCCGGCCAAUGCGUGGUGCUUUUACCGCUGAGUUUACAGUCUAAUUAGGCCCGGGCACGAGUCCUGAAAUUUGGCUAGCGACAUGGGGCUGCGGGAUGACUUGGGACAGAGCUGAUGGCCCAUGGAUCAGGAUGGAGUUGGAGGUUAAUGCUCACCAGUGACAUUGUGUUGAUCACAAGACUACAGACUGGGAGUGUUAUAAACUAAACUAAAGCCUUUUCUGUUUUGGUGAGUGGAAUGUCUUUUUUUUACUUGAAAAAUUACAAAUUCCUCAGUGUGUAAAGCCCACUGAGUUUGUUUUCUUAGGAUGACCGAUCAAUAACUCCCUCUCCUCCAGUCAGCUCUAGACUUCUCAAUAGCAGGGACCCAGGCUGCUUUGUGUGGGGAGCUAGCUGCCACCCAGAGGCCCCUCUGUUUUCUUUGCCUGCAGUACGGCCCUCCUAUUACUAUACUACUGCUUCUGCAUCUCCUGCUACUACUAAUAUACCCACUACUACUGCUGUUUAUACAACAGUUAAAUCCAGCGUUUUAGUUGGAAAUAAAGUUGAAUACAUACUGAAAGCAAAGGUGGAAUAUUUAUUUGAUUAAAUCUGUCUUAAAGAUAUCUUUAAAGGGGUUUGUCUAUAUGGUGUGCUGAUAUAUCAAAUUGGAGAUAAGAUUCUGCCUUCUGUCAACUGUAACCCCCCCUACCCCCACCCUACUCCACUAUGUUUGUAUCAUUGCAUUUGUAUCAUCUCACCGAUGGCUGUCUCUUUGUUUUGUUCUUUUCUCCCCAAGUGUGUAAUAUAACUGGAAGUAUUCCUGAGAAGUCACUUUAAGUUGGUUUCUUUCCCACUCUUGCACUCUUUUGCUCCACCACUGUGAAAAACAGAUUAAAAACACUGAUUGAGGGUUUUAAUGGGUCGAGGAUGAUCACAACACAUUUAAAAAAGAAAGAAAAAAAAAAGCAGGCAGUCUGACCAAAUUCUGCACUAAUUGUUUCCCUGGGUUCAGAGGCUUUAGGCCAAGGCAAAUUAAUGUCAGUCCAAUGCCCAGUCGUGUCUGUUUUACCAGUCGAGCGAUUCUGGAAUAAUCUUGUGCCAUAGCAUAAAUUGUUAUACCAGAAAACUGCCUUGUACGCUAGUUUUCACACCAAAUAAUCUCUUAAACUGUGUUCAGUUGUAGGAACAUUGAAAGGAAGCCAGCGUUCUCAGGGUCUAUAAUGGGAAAGAAAUUGACUUGUCGUCUUCUGCGGGAAGACUUUUUAUUUUUGUUUUGUUUGCUUUUUUUUUUUUUUUUUUGUCCAAAGGGAGUAAACUGAAAGGGGGACAAGAUCCUAAAGUGGUGAAACUGUCGAAAUUAUCAGUUGUGUAUUGGAUCAAAUUGCACCAGAUGCCACUUUUUUUCUGGUUUGUAAUCUCUGGGGAUCAAACGUUUCUCCUCGACACUGCAUGCUGUCACGGCCACGUCGUAUUUAUCGAAUCAGUUGAUCUUUGCAGCACCCCCCCCUCCUCCUCCAGGUCGACGCGUUGUUAGGACAUUUUAAAACAAGGGACACGUACAAAGCCAGCCUGUUUCUUUGUCAGAUUUGUCGUAAUGAUCGUCCUGACUGUUGAAGCGACGUACACGAGCUGGCUCCUAUCUGUUUAGCGCCCCCGAGGCUUCUUCCUGUGAAGAUGCACCAAACCGGCUAAAUGAUGUGUCAGUAUCCCACGCUAACACGUUAGGAACUCCCUUGACUCAGGAAAAACAGAGACUUUCUGAUCAGGGCUGCUUUCUGUUUUUCUUUUUUUCCCCUCUCAUUCAUCUUGUAUCCAAAGCAACAGGGAGUUUUUUUUUGUUUGUUUGUUUGUUUUUUUGUUGAUGUUUUGUUUUGUACUGGGAGUGAGGAAAGCACAAGUUACUGGACAGACCUGGGUGUCAAUAAAAAAAAAAGGGAUUACUUAAUCUCUGCAAUUUAUGUACAGCAUGUUUGGUAUAUAAAUAUAUAUUUAAAAUAUAAAUCUAUUUUAUUAUGAUUCGAUUUUGGGUUAUUUUACAUUCAAAGACACUAUGUUGAGGCUUAGGGGGAGGAUCUCUUGUGUUUACCCAUCAGAGGAGAGAGCUGGCUCCUGAGUGGAGAGGCACUCUUCACGUUGAAUUGUGCAGUUUGGGAAGAAUCAAGUAAGACUUCUUUUGCACAAAUGUAUCAUACACCAUCCCACUUUGUUAUUGUUUAUUAUUUUAGUUAUAUGGGGAGGGGGUCUUUUAUUUAAGAACUUUAAGUCAAUGUUCAAAGUUCUGUACAGUUUUUUUAUGUGAUUUUUUUCUCCUCCUAUUUAAAUUAAAGCUUUUUGUGUCUUCGUUUGCAAAUUAAAUGCUGUGAGUGCUUU